AUGGCGACUCUCCCCAUCAAGCCCCUGGACGGCGCCGGCGGCUACCUGCGGUGGAAGGAAUCGUUGCUCCUCCGCGUCCACACCCUCGGCGUCGCCCACGUGUUCUUCGAGGUGCCCUCCUACUGUAGGGACAGGUUCGGUGAAUUCUGCUUCGACAGAAGCACCGGAGAUGUCUUCCUGGAGCAGCUCGCGCACGCGGAGGCUCUGGGCGCCGCCGCAGAGCUCAGCGAUGGCGCCAUGACCUUCGAGCUGGGUAGCAAGAUUCCGUUGGCCAUGAGCUUAGCCGUCACCGGUGGCGAGAAGGAGUUGGAGUCUAUCUGGGAGGUCGCUCGGCGGGUCGUGUCGCGCGGCGUGGAUCCUUGGUACGAGUACCGCGACGACGACGGACGAUGA